UUGGAGAUUGUUGAUGUCAAAAAGUUACACAAGCUCGGAUGAGGUUUUACAAUAAGGAGCUUUCACAACCGUAAACAGGGAAUCACGCUUAGAUCCAUCAUUCACAUCUACCGGCUCCACCUGUGAGCGCGGGGCUUCUCUUUAGGGGAUUAUUAUAGAGAGAGUGGGAAAAACACUCCAAAUUCAGUCCAUAUCAGCGGGAAACCAUCCACGCCUUCUCUCUGUGGACAAUAAGCACCACACUGCGAGUUUCACAAGCUUCGCGGAGCGUCUGGUGAUCUGACUUGUUUGGGGACUCUCUGGUAUGUUAACGUGAUUGUCUCGGUCGUCACAAACAAGUAAGCCCGCUGUCGUGUGUUUGUCUGGGUGAGGGUCGCAGGCUUCGCCGUCGCUGCCACUACCAUCACCACUACCACCGCCGCUUACAUCAGCGCUCAUUGGGGUUGGGUGGCGGGGUGGGGAGGGUAUACUCGUGGCUUUUGUAAUCUUCACCUCGUGGACGAAACGUUUUAGCGAUGGAGUUGGAGUCCGUGAUUUUGACGACUGGAGGUUCGGUGGGAUUUUUCAAGCUUGUCAACAUCGGGGUCAGUAAACUCCCCAUACCCGAGACUGCCUGCAGGAACCCUUGGAAAUGGAGAAACAUCUCGACGUCGUGUGUGCACAGCCUGAUCACCGCGACAUGGGCAGUGCUUUGCUUUUUCCUCCACCCGCAGAUGGCCGAGGAUCUGAUAGAAACACACUCCGUGUUUUCUCAUGUUUUGGUCUCUUUCUCAAUCGGUUACUUCAUCUAUGACUUCUUUGACAUGGUGGGGAACCAGAAGCUGAGUCAAUCAUGGGAGCUGCUCUUCCAUCACAUCGUGGUACGUGUUUCCAUAAACUGA